AUGUCGGCUCCCGAAACAUACCUCCUUUGGGUGAACGGCGCCGAGUGCAGAGGAACAGGCGAGCCAAUACCCAUUGAAUGCCCAGCCACAGGAGAAGUCUUUGCAUCAUGCCACAGCGCCUCCGAGGCAGAUGUCGACGCUGCCGUCCAGGCCGCCCAUGCCGCCUUUGUGGCCGGCACCUGGUCUCGUGCGCCCCGCCACGUCCGCGCCGAUGUCCUCGACGAAGCCGCUCAUCUGCUGACGGCCGCCCUCCCCGACCUGAUUGCGCUCGAAGUCCGCCAGACCGGCCGUGUCGUCCGCGAAAUGCAGGCCCAGGUGCCCUCGCUCGUCCGCUGGUUCCGCUACUACGCGGCCCUGCUGCGCACCGACGAGCGGCCCGUCUUCCCCACGGCCGGCCAGCUGCACAACUGGGCCGACCGCGUGCCGCUGGGCGUCGUCACGCUCGUCACGCCGUUUAACCACCCGCUGCUGAUUGCCGUCAAGAAGCUGGCGCCCGCGCUGGCGGCCGGCAACAGCGUCGUGCUCAAGCCGUCGGAGCAGACGCCGCUGACGUCCCUCGCGCUGGCCCAGCUGCUGCACAGGGCUGGCCUGCCGGCCGGCGUCUUGUCCGUCCUGCCCGGUCCCGGCCCCGUUGUGGCCGCCGCCCUGGCCGCCCACCCGCUCGUGCGGUCCAUCGACAUCACGGGCGGCACCGCCGCCGGACGCGCCCUCGGCGCCAUCGCCGGCCACAACCUGGCGCGCUUCAAUGCCGAGCUCGGCGGGAAAGCCCCCGUCCUUGUCUUUGCCGACGCCGACCUACCGGCCGCCAUCAACGGCGUCGCGUUUGGUGCGUUUGUGGCCAGCGGGCAGACGUGCGUCGCGGCGACGCGCAUCCUCGUGGAGCAGAGCGUCUUCGACGACGUGGUGGCCGGCCUCGCGCGCAAGGCCGCCUUCAUUGCGGCCCACAUCGGCGACCCCGCCAACCCGCACAGCAGCAUGGGCCCGCUGGUGUCGGCGCACCAGCAGCGGCACGUGCGCGCGCUCGUCGACGCGGCCGUGUCGAGCGGGCGCGCGGCGGCGGCGGAGGGCGGCGGCACACUGCCGGCCACCAGUGCGCUGGACGGGUUCGACCUGUCCAAGGGCUACUUUUACCCGCCGACCGUCCUCGUGAGCGCACCAUUGGCGACCGACGCGGCGAACGGCGAAAACGCAGAAAACAUAGAAAACAGAGAACCCACACCCAGGAUUCUCGGCACCCGCCUUUGGCGGGACGAAGCAUUCGGCCCCGUCGUCGUGGUCGUUCCGUUUGCCAACGGCAACGAAGACGAGGCCGUGCGGCUCGCCAACGACGCCGCGUUCAGCCUGGGUGCCGCCAUCUGGACCCAGGAUCUGUCGCGCGCGUUCCGCGUGUCCGAGCGCGUGGCCGCCGGCAUCGUCUGGGUCAACACGCACCACCGAAACGACCCCAGCAGCCCCUGGGGCGCCACGUCGGUCCCGGGCGGCGGCAGCGGUGUCGGCAGCGAAAACGGCCGCGAGGCGUACUUGGCCUACACGGCGGCCAAGAGCACGGUGGUCAACUAUGCGCGGCCCCACGAGGCGCGCGUGGCCGAAGACUGGUUCAACGAGGGCGCAGCCGCGGUGCGGUAUGGAUAA